ACGUGCCGGGAGAUGCCGGGCUGUGGGGGAUUUCGCGGCGUCGCCCGCCCCCUUUCCGGCACGGGGAGGAGCAGCCACCGAGCCCCCCCGGCCCUGGCCCGGCCGCGACCGCCCGGCGCUGCAGAGGCGCGCGGCAGCCAAUGGGCGCCGAGGAGGUGGGCCGGCUGGAGGCUGUCACCCUCGCGGGGACGGGAGCGCGGAGACUGGGAGCGCGCGAGCCGCCGCCGCGCCCCAGGUCGUGGGGGAGGAGCGGCCGGAGGAGGAGGAGGAGGAGGAUCCGCGGAGCUGCAGCCCGGGGACCACUGCUCACCCAGGCUGCGGAGGACAGACGCCCGCCCCAAGCCUGCCGCCCCGCGUCCCCGACCGCCAGCAUGAUCGCCGCGCAGCUCCUGGCUUAUUACUUCACCGAACUGAAGGAUGACCAAGUCAAAAAGAUCGACAAAUAUCUCUAUGCCAUGCGGCUCUCUGAUGAAACUCUGUUAGAUAUCAUGGCUCGUUUCAAAAAGGAGAUGAAGAAUGGCCUCUCCCGGGAUUUUAAUCCGACAGCCACAGUCAAGAUGUUGCCAACGUUUGUAAGGUCCAUUCCUGACGGUUCAGAAAAGGGAGAUUUCAUUGCCCUGGAUCUUGGCGGGUCUUCCUUUCGAAUUCUGCUGGUGCAAGUGAAUCAUGAGCAAAAACAGACCGUUCAUAUGGAGUCCGAGGUUUACGACACCCCGGAGAGCAUCAUGCACGGCAGUGGAAGCCAGCUUUUUGGUCAUGUUGCUGAGUGCCUGGGAGACUUCAUGGAGAAAAAAAAAAUCAAGGACAAGAAAUUACCUGUGGGAUUCACGUUUUCUUUCCCUUGUCGGCAAUCCAAAAUAGACGAGGCCAUCCUGAUCACCUGGACAAAGAGAUUUAAAGCGAGUGGAGUGGAGGGAACGGAUGUGGUGAAGCUGCUUGAGAAAGCCAUCAAAAAGCACGGGGACUAUGACGCCAACGUUGUGGCUGUGGUGAACGACACUGUGGGGACCAUGAUGACCUGUGGCUACGACGACCAGCAGUGUGAAGUCGGCCUCAUCAUUGGCACGGGCACCAACGCGUGCUACAUGGAGGAACUGAGGCACAUCGACCUGGUGGAAGGCGACGAAGGGAGGAUGUGCAUCAACACCGAGUGGGGGGCCUUCGGGGACGACGGGGCCCUGGAGGACAUCCGCACCGAGUUUGACCGGGAGAUUGACCGGGGCUCACUCAACCCCGGGAAGCAGCUGUUUGAGAAGAUGGUCAGUGGCAUGUACAUGGGCGAGCUGGUCCGAUUGAUCCUGGUCAAGAUGGCCAAGGAGGGCCUUUUAUUUGAAGGGCGGAUCACCCCGGAGCUGCUCACCAGAGGGAAGUUUAACACCAGUGACGUGUCAGCCAUUGAAAAGAAUAAGGAAGGCCUCCACAACGCCAGAGAAAUCCUGACCCGCCUGGGAGUGGAGCCGUCUGAUGACGACUGUAUUUCGGUCCAGCACGUGUGCACCAUUGUCUCGUUCCGCUCUGCCAACCUAGUGGCUGCGACGCUGGGCGCCAUCCUGAAUCGUCUUCGAGAUAACAAGAGCACACCCAGGCUGCGGACCACGGUUGGUGUCGACGGGUCUCUUUACAAGACGCACCCACAGUAUUCCCGGCGUUUCCACAAGACCCUGAGGCGCUUGGUGCCCGACUGCGAUGUGCGUUUCCUCCUCUCGGAGAGUGGCAGCGGCAAGGGGGCUGCCAUGGUGACCGCGGUGGCCUACCGCCUGGCUGAGCAGCACCGGCAGAUAGAGGAGACCCUGGCCCACUUCAGUCUCACCAAGGAUACGCUGCUGGAGGUGAAAAGGAGGAUGCGGGCCGAGAUGGAACUGGGGCUGGGCAAGCAGACGCAUGACAAGGCCGUCGUCAAGAUGCUGCCCUCCUUUGUCCGGAGCACUCCCGACGGGACAGAGCACGGUGACUUCCUGGCCCUGGAUCUUGGAGGAACGAAUUUCCGCGUCUUGCUGGUGAAAAUUCGUAGUGGGAAAAAGAGAACAGUGGAAAUGCACAACAAGAUCUACGCCAUUCCCACGGAAAUCAUGCAGGGCACUGGGGAAGAGCUGUUUGACCACAUCGUUUCCUGCAUCUCUGACUUCCUGGACUACAUGGGCAUCAAGGGCCCCAGAAUGCCUCUGGGCUUCACGUUUUCGUUUCCCUGCAAGCAGACGAGCUUGGACGCGGGAAUCUUGAUCACCUGGACGAAAGGUUUUAAGGCAACUGAUUGCGUGGGGCAGGAUGUAGCGACCUUACUGAGGGAUGCGGUAAAAAGGAGAGAGGAAUUUGACUUGGACGUGGUGGCUGUGGUCAAUGACACGGUGGGCACCAUGAUGACCUGUGCUUAUGAGGAGCCCACCUGCGAGGUUGGACUCAUCGUAGGGACGGGCAGCAAUGCCUGCUACAUGGAAGAAAUGAAAAACGUCGAGACGCUAGCAGGAAACGAGGGCCAAAUGUGUAUCAACAUGGAGUGGGGUGCCUUUGGGGACAACGGGUGUCUGGAUGAUAUCAGAACGAUCUAUGACAAACUGGUGGAUGAAUAUUCUCUAAACGCUGGGAAGCAAAGGUAUGAGAAGAUGAUCAGCGGUAUGUACCUGGGUGAAAUCGUCCGCAACAUCUUGAUAGAUUUCACCAAGAGGGGAUUCCUCUUCCGAGGGCAGAUCUCUGAGCCGCUGAAGACUCGGGGCAUCUUUCAGACCAAGUAUCUCUCUCAGAUCGAGAGCGACCGAUUAGCGCUGCUGCAGGUCCGGGCCAUCCUCCAGCAGCUUGGCCUGAACAGCACAUGCGACGACAGCAUCCUUGUGAAGACCGUGUGCGGGGUAGUGUCCAAGAGGGCCGCACAGCUGUGUGGCGCGGGCAUGGCUGCCGUGGUGGACAAGAUCCGUGAGAACAGGGGGCUGGACCACCUCAACGUGACUGUGGGCGUGGACGGGACGCUCUACAAGCUUCAUCCGCAUUUCUCCAGAAUCAUGCACCAAACCGUGAAGGAACUGUCACCAAAGUGUAACGUGUCCUUCCUCUUAUCCGAAGACGGUAGCGGCAAGGGAGCCGCCCUCAUCACGGCAGUGGGCGUUCGGCUCCGGCAAGAAACGAGCAGCUAAGAGUCCUGGACCCCCCAGCCUGCUGCCCUUCCAGCACUUCUCUCUUCAAGCAGCGCCCCCCUGUUCUGCCCAGCGAGCUGUGCUGGGAGACGCCGGCACCAAAGCCCGCCAGCACCACCGCGGGGAGGAAAACAGAAGCCAAGUAAUGGCGCGUAACGUAGGGUACAAAAUAGAGUGUGUGCUGUUGGUAAUCUCCCUGACCUCCAGAUCCCUCCUCACCUGCCCUGCCACUUUGCAUGAUUUGACUUCAACCUGGUCGUACGUUCCCCACAUGUGAAGUUUAGUGGCGUCCGUUUCUAACUUAUGCAUUAGUCCAACAGUUAUUUAUUGGCUCAAAAUGAAAAGUCACACCAUCUGACAGGCCUUAUGGGCCUCCGCAGCCCGUCCUUGGGGAUGUGUCCCCCGUGUGCAAUGUAUUUUCACCAGCAGACACUGCCGGGACUCCUCCCACGGGUGCAUCAGCCGCCGCUUCCUCCCGGCCCCGCACCCAUCGCUGUCUGGUGUCCCAUCAGGGCGUGUCAAUGCCACUGAACUGUGUGUCCGUGGAACUGGUCCUAGCCACAUUGUGACAGUCUUGCAUCCUGUCUGUCUUGGGGAGGGGAGGUGGGCAGUCCUGCGGGAAAGUGUCUUGUCUCCGUUUGGGUAAAACGAACCAAUCAAGAAACAGUACGCUCAUUGGAAUUUCCCAUCGCUUUUGUGAGCCAUGUUGUAUGACCUAGUAAACUUUGUACCAAUUCAAA